UCUGAUACAUCAUGUACGUGGUUUAGAAUGUCAAUGAUCAUCUUUCGGCAAAUAAUAAUAUACCUACUUUUCUGGUAUAAAUACGCGCUACUAUAUUCAAUGUCUGAUCCCUUUCUGCAAUAUUCAAUAUCCAAAACGUUAAAGCUUAGAAGUAAUUAAUAUAUGAACGCGAUGGGUCUCCAGUUGUGCUAAAUAAUACGACUUCACUAUAACCAGACACAAAAUUCACCCAUGUAGAGAGAGAGAGAGAGAGAGAGAGAGAGAAUGGGCCAAAAAGGUGAACAGACGCCGUCUUGUCGCUAGUGCCUCAAACCCCACCACACUCACACGCACACGUACCAUCGUCUGCUCAACACGUAUCACAAACAACGGAGUCAUCUUUAGUGUUGCAUCACCAACAAGGAUAAAAAUCCACCUCUUAUAGCAAACUGAAAAGUCUAUUUAUAAUUGUCGAUAGCCUGUUUACAGUAUAUUUUAGAAAAAGGUGAAGAAACAAUCAAUCUUAUUUCGGCGUGCAACAGUGACACAAAAACCUUUCUAGUGACGGCUUAACCCCUACCUCGCCAAGCUCUAAACUAUUAAAUUAUAGUUAAAGAAAGGGAAAGAUCAUUCUUAUCUUGCAAAGUGAACAAAAUUAAUCCUGAAUGACAAGGAUAGAUUUCUGAAAUUAGCAUCUUAUUAAUUUUUGGUCCACCCCAACAACGGUCAAGUCUUCGCAAGUCAUAAGCAUUCAAAACUAAAUUUGUUUCUUAUUCCUGUUAAAAAUAUAGUUAAAGAAUGCACACUACGCUGGAUGUUAGCAUUCCUCUGGGAAGGCCUAUGAAUACUGAAGCUGGGCAUGGUACACGAAAACCGGUUGACCUUAACGUGAUGAAACGUAACAUGUCUGUAGCCAAAGGGUUCAUGGAUAUCAGUCUUAUCUCAGCUAAUGCAAAUCAAUUGAAAAAUUUACUCAAUAAUGGAGAUACCUCGAGUGCAAGCUAUUACUUUGUCUUCACAGGAAUUAUUGCAAGUCUGGCCAUACAGAUUACCACUGGGGUGCUGCUCAUUGUGAACGAAAGAUUUAAUAUUAAUGAUGAGGACGACAAAGAAUGGUGUGAUCGUCUCAAUGACAUCUCCGUCUGUCUGAUAUUUCUGGUUGUUGUGAUUAAUGUCUUUGUAUCCAGUUUUGGAGUUAGUGUACACCAUCCAUCUGAGUCAUAUGAAAAAUAUUAAGCCUAGACAAUCACAGGGAAUUAUGGUUCUUACACUGAAGUCUUUAAAUAUAUUCCUAGUUAAAUACAUCUGUAAAAAAUUCCAGUGCUCUUUGUAAAGAAUUAAAAGAUUAACCAAUUAUGAAAAGCCAAUAAGAACUAAAUAGGAACAGAUCCCUGUAACUUUCUUUGAUUGACACAAGCACAAGGAUAAAUGAAUGAAACUUGUGACCAUCCAAGGUUUUGUUAUAGUGUCUUCUUAUAGUGAACAGUAAUUAAUCACCAGUGUAUACUAGCUCAUGUAAAUAGGCAUAUUAAUUUAACUAUCACUUAUGCAUAGAAUGUUUUUAUUUAUGUAUUUUAAGGCCAAAUAUCUAUUUUUAUAUAGAAAAAUUGUUUCAACUUCAGCAUUCACCAAAUCAGCUUUAGCUUCUCUAUCCAUACAUCACAUAUCUUACAAUCAAAAUCAUUCAAAUUCUUUGCGCUAAAUCUAAAAAAAAAAAUUACAUAUACCUUCUUAAGUUUUUACACAUAUAUUUUCCUCAAAUUACUAUUUAGCCAAAUUAAUGAGAAAAAAAAAUUCUGCUAGCAAAACAACCCACGUAGUAGAACAACCCCAUAAUUUUGAUAUGUACUACGUAUACAUAUUUCACUUAUAUUCCAUGAUACCAAACAAAAUUUUUUUAAAUGAUCUGAAAAGUCUCUCACAGCUUCGUGAUAAUAAAAUUUUUUAGUAUAAACAAUUUCUUAAAUGUUCCUUAAUGUAUCUCAGGUUCCACCUGCUUCUAAGCCUUUGCUUCACUCAAAAUGGAUUUUAAAUCAAUCUGAUGGGGAAUACACACAAUAAUAUUCACCCAAGGACUUGCAAAAAGGAGUUAGUUGGAGAGGACAGAUGGAAAUAAGUUACAAAAAGGAAUCAGUGAUUUUACUUAUUCUAAAAUGACACCAAUAAUGAUUAAUAACAAGAAAACAAAAUACCAAAUGCUACUUACGGUCACUUUGGAUAUAAGAUUCUGGCCAAAUAUGGAAUUGUUUCUAAUGGUUGGACUGAGUGAACUGAAAAUAAGAAAAUGGAAAAUAUUAAUAUAACUUAUCACUUCAGAAAGUUUAACAGCAUCAUACAAUUGUUACAGCAACAAACCUAGUAUACUAUCUAUAAUUAAAAUUAACUCAAGUUGUGUUAAAGUUUUAAUAUUUAAUAACAUUUUACUAGAUGGAUAUUUGGCUAAAUUUAGAUAAUGUACAAAAAUUUCCUCUAUGACCUGAAACCAGGUAAUCAAUCAUUUGUUUUUAAUCAAAAUAGAGAGAACAGAACAAUAAAGU